AUGGGGACAGUGGAUUUUAACAACCCUACAUCUGAAGAUGAAGUUGGCCACAAAGAAUCAGGCUUGACCAGAUAUAGAAAUAUUCGACCCAAGCCAGCACUGAUCCUUUCUCCAGAAACGAUCCUCAAGCCAUAUGCCUUUCCAUUCAUCUAUGAGAAUGUGAGGUAUGACCACUGCACAACAGUGAAUAGCGACUAUGCCUGGUGCUCAGUGGAAUCCAUCUUCAAUGGGAAGUGGCGCUAUUGUAUUAGUGCAGACCCUCCAGCAUGUAAGUUUCCAUUCCUCUUCGGGAAGAAGCUGUACCAUGACUGCACGAUGGAUGGGUAUGUGCUGGGCAAGACCUGGUGUGCCCUGACCCACAACUACAACAUGAACGGGUUGUGGAAACCAUGUUCACCCAAUGGUGUGGAAGUGAGUAGAGUGAGGGGACCCCCUGCCUACUUCUUGAGUAUUCACUGCCUGGAGAAAUACUACUUCAGUAGUCAUGAGGUCUACCUCCAGUAG